AUGACUUCAAAGGCCGCGAGACAGGGCGAGGAGUAAGCACCCUCGAGGAUGGGUAUGGCAGGAAUCGAGUGGCUAAUACGAACACAGCGUGUGGAAGUGAGUUUUGUCUAUCCACUGGACUCGUACCAAGCAGCGCAUCCUAACCUCUACUCCAAGAUCCCGCGUCGAGAAGAUCAACGCCGAAGUCGUGACCCUCACCUACGGCACCAUUGUCGCCCAGCUCUGCCGCGACCUCACACUCCCCAAUACUUCCGCUAAAACCGACUAUGCGGCCGUCAAUCAUGAGCUCGAUCGUAUGGGCUACAACAUCGGCCUGCGCCUCAUCGAAGACUUCCUCGCCAAAGCCAACCAAGGCACCUGCUCCAGCUUCAAAGAGACGGCAGAAGUGAUUUCCAAGAUUGGGUUCAAGGUAUUCAUGAACAUUACACCAGUGGUGACAAACUGGAGUCAGGACAACAAAGCGUUCAAUUUGGUGUUUGAAGAGAAUCCGUUGGCGGACUUUGUGGAGCUACCGGACGACGGACGGGCACAGGAUGAGUUGUGGUAUAGCAAUAUACUCUGUGGAGUGAUACGGGGAGCGCUGGAGAUGGUAUGUACAUGACUACUUGCUACAUCUUCUACAAGCCGGGAAUGCUGACACUGGGUACAGGUUCAGAUGCAGGUCGAGGCACGCUUCCUGAGCGAUGUCUUGCGCGGGAACGACACGACAGAGAUGCGUGUUACGCUGAUACGCUAUAUUGAGGACGAAAUGCCUCCAGAUGAUGAAUGA